AAAAUCUUUCAAAUAAAGGAUUCAAAUAUUUUAAUUGCUUAUUUAUGUAAUGAAAGAUGGAAUAUAAUUUUCAGUGAAUAUAUCAAAAAAUAUUUAAAUAUUUUUCGACUCUUCAAUGUAUUAUUUAUAUUUUCAUUAUUCUUCCAAAUUGUUAUCAAUUGUAGCAGAAAAAUUAACAUCCAUACUAUUCAUGAAUUAAAUCACUUGAUUGUUGUAUAGAAACUGAAUAUUAUAUUUGUACACCUUCCUGGUCAUUAAUAAAUAUAUUGGAAACUCACUAUUACCACAAACUGUGAAUUCACAAAAAUGAAUGAGUACAGCCUUUCACUAAUAGAUAUUUCCAAAGAUAAAUUUCCAUGUUGCAUUGUUUGGACACCUAUACCAAUUUUAUCAUGGUUUUUCCCAUUCAUUGGUCACAUGGGAAUAGCUCUGUCUUCAGGAGUAAUAAGAGAUUUUGCAGGACCUUAUUUUGUGUCUGAAGAUAAUAUGGCUUUUGGGAAACCCACCAAGUACUGGCAAUUAAAGCCAGCCCUAGCUAGAGGGGGUAUAUCCGGAUGGGAUAAUGCAGUAACAGAAGCAUCAGAAAUUUACAAAGGACGUAUGCAUAAUCUAUGUUGCGAUAAUUGCCACUCUCAUGUUGCUACUGCACUAGACUUGAUGAAAUACAAUGAUUCUUCCAAAUGGAACAUGGUGAAAUUAGCAGUGUUAAUUUUGAUUUAUGGCAAAUAUGUGAGUUUUGGAAGAUUUUUGAACACUUGGUUACCAUCUCUCCUAUUAUAUGCUAUCAUAAUUGCUUUGAUAUAUAAUUUAGCAUAAUGUAUUUCUAGGUUGCAGGCAGAGAUAUUUGUAAAAAAAAUUAUCAAAAAUAAAUUAAUUUUAAUAAUA